AUGGCCUCUAAGGAGCUUUUAUGCUUUAUUUUCGUCUGUUUCUUUGCCUUGGGAAGUGCUACCUACUGUACCUACGACAGUGAUUGUUCCUACCUUCAGUCCUGUUGUACAGAUAAAGUCUGCAGACAGCGUUGUUCUGUCUGUUCGUACGACUACCAAUGUGGAUCGAACGAGCAGUGCUGUAAAAGCCAAUGUAAAAGUAGUUCGUCUUCUUGUUCCUGUCCGUACGACUACCAAUGUGGGUGGAGCAAGAAAUGCUGUAAUGGCAAAUGCAUCAGUAGUUCGUCUUCUUGUUCCUGUUCGUACGACUACCAAUGUGGAUCGAGCAAGAAAUGCUGUAAUGGCAAAUGCAUCAGCAGUUUUUCUACUUGUUCCUGUUCGUACGACUUCCAAUGUGGAUCGAGCAAGAAAUGCUGUAAUGGCAAAUGCAUCAGUAGUUCGUCUUCUUGUUCCUGUUCGUACGACUACCAAUGUGACAGUGACGAGCAAUGCUGUAAUAGCAAAUGCAUCAGUAGUUGGUCCUCUUGUUCCUGUUCGUACGACUAUCAAUGUGACAGUGGCGAGCAGUGCUGUAAAAGCAAAUGCAUUAGUAAAUCGUCUUCUUGUAACUGUUCGUCCGACGACCAGUGUGACAUUGGAGAGGAUUGUUGUGGAGGAGUUUGUUCCUCAUACUGUGGUUGGAGUGGUGGAGCUAUUGCAGGGGCUGUUAUCGGCACGAUUAUUUUCUUUGUCAUCAUGAUUUCCAUCGUAUCCUGCUGCUGCUGUGCUUGUUGCCCAUACUACCGCUAUCGUACACCCGGCACUGUGGUCGUCACAGGCCAACAGCCACAACAACAAAUGGUCUCAACCCACAUGAUGACGACGCAACAAGCAUGUGCUCCUCCGCCGGUGAACUACAACCAGCCUCCCCUACCAUAUUACAACCAGCCUCCUCCAGAUGGAUACGAUCAGCCUCUUCCAGGUUUCAAUCAGGCUCCUCCGCCUUACUCAGGCUGUUUACCACCACCAAACCAAUAUCCUCCACCGCUGGAACAAGCUAAAGCGGCGCCGAGGCCA